UAAACAUCACAGUGAUAAUUUUUAUUCAGUUUUAAAACAGUAAAUAUUAUGCGUGUUAUAGGAUUUUUUGUUCUCUGCUUUGCGGCUGUAUCAGCCAUCCCUUCUAAUGCAAACAGGAACAUUGGCGGAUCACUCACUAAUGUACAGUCGUACCCGUCAAUUGCUGUUCUUCUUCGAUGGUUCCCAGGAAACGAAUUUAGGCAACGCUGUGGUGGUGUGAUUGCGACCAACAGAGCUAUUCUCACUGCUGCUCACUGCAUCGACACUGACGCGACAUUUAGAUGGCGAGUUCGCGUAGGCACCACUUCACAAAUAUUCCCAUGGUUUGGUUGGACAUACGAUGUUUCCAGCAUCGUAGUCCAUUCCGCCUACGGUUCUGGAGGAGUUGAGCAUAACAACGACAUUGCCAUUAUGCGUCUAUCAAGGAACUUACAAAUUAACCAGAAUGUCUUCCCCGCUCUAAUUGCAGGAGUUAAUUAUAAUGUACCUGACAAUGCUAUUGUUUGGACCGCUGGAUGGGGUGUCACUGUACCGGAGCGUCCACUGUCUACAGAGCUUCAUCACGUUCAGAUUAACACUAUUAACCAGUCAGUUUGCAACGAUCGUCAUGGUGGAUCCCUCACCGCCAAUAUGCUCUGCGCCGGUUGGCUUUCUGGCGGCGCCGUGACGUGUACCAGUGACUCUGGUGGACCACUCUACCAUAAUGGAGUAGUAGUCGGCAUCGUGUCCUUCAGAAAUGAUUGCAGCGACCCAGCACUUCCUGGCAUUUACACUCGCGUUUCAAAAUAUUCUUCUUGGAUUAAGUUGCACACAUAAAAUGUUAAUGUACAAGUUUCAGAAACAUUCAAUAAAAUAUAAUUAUGUACCAGUGGUUUCUGCAAAAUU